AGUGCUUAUAGGAAACAGUUGAAGAUGGGAGGUGCAGUGAGUGCAGGAGAAGAUAAUGAUGAAUUAAUUGAUAACCUGAAGGAGGCACAAUACAUUCGGACAGAACUGGUGGAACAGGCAUUCCGGGCCAUUGAUCGAGCAGAUUACUACCUGGAAGAGUUCAAAGACAAUGCCUACAAGGACUUGGCAUGGAAGCAUGGAAAUAUUCAUCUCUCAGCGCCGUGCAUUUACUCUGAGGUGAUGGAAGCUUUGGAUCUGCAGCCAGGGCUGUCAUUUUUGAAUCUUGGCAGUGGCACUGGUUAUCUGAGUUCUAUGGUUGGACUCAUCUUGGGUCCUUUUGGUGUUAACCAUGGUGUGGAGCUUCAUUCUGAUGUGAUCGAAUACGCGAAGCAGAAAUUGGACUUCUUCAUUAAAACAAGUGACAGCUUUGACAAAUUUGAAUUUUGUGAGCCAUCUUUUGUUACCGGCAAUUGUUUAGAGAUUUCUCCGGACUGUACUCAGUAUGACCGUGUUUACUGUGGUGCUGGAGUACAGAAGGAACACGAAGACUACAUGAAGAACCUGUUGAAAGUUGGGGGAAUUCUUGUCAUGCCUCUAGAAGAGAAGUUAACGAAGAUAACCCGUACUGGUCCUUCUGCCUGGGAAACUAAGAAGAUUCUUGCUGUUUCAUUUGCUCCUUUGAUUCAGCCGAACCACGCAGAUUCAGGAAAAUCAAGGCUUGUUCACUUGCCCCCAGUGGCUGUUCGCAGCCUCCAGGAUCUGGCUCGCAUAGCCAUCCGAGGAACCAUUAAAAAAAUUAUACAUCAAGAAACAAUAAGCAAAAAUGGAAAUGGGCUGAAGAACCCCCCGAGAUUUAAACGAAGACGAGUGCGUCGCCGUCGCAUGGAAACUAUUGUUUUCUUGGACAAAGAGGUCUUCGCUAGUCGUAUCUCCAACCCGUCGGACGAUAACAACAACAGUGAUGAAAUGGAGGAUGAGAGACGAGAAGAGGAAGAAACUAAACCCUCUGAACUCAAGCCAGAUCCCCCUGUAAACUUUUUGAGAGAAAAGGUCUUGAGUCUGCCUUUGCCUGAUCCCUUGAAGUAUUACCUGCUUUAUUACAGGGAAAAGUAAUUUCCUUCUUCUAGGAAGUGGGAAGUAGGCAGAAAAUAAAGUACUCUUUAGGGCUUGACAAAUGUAUACCACUUGCUUGCCUGCUAAUAUGACCACCCAACGCAGUAGGCUAGCUGGGGAAUGUGGCUGCUGUAUACUUAAACGUUAUUAUAGCUUUUUAAAGUGUUUUUUUUCUUCUUGGUUGUGUGCUAUAGUUUUAUCCUACAGCAGGGAUUCCUUAGAAAGCAAGUUGGU